UCUUGUGGAAGGCAACCAUCGUCAUCAUGGGCAGGAUCAUCUUCUACGAGGACAAGAACUUCCAGGGUCGCUCCUAUGAGACCAGCAGCGACUGUGCUGAGCUGACCUCCUACCUCAGCCGCUGCAACUCCUGCAGGGUGGAGAGCGGCUGCUUCAUGGUGUAUGAGCGCCCCAACUACAUGGGUCACCAGAUGCUGGCUAGGAGAGGAGACUAUCCUGACAACCAGCGACUCAUGGGCAUGAGCAUGAGUGACUGCAUCAGAUCCUGCCGCAUGAUCCCCAUGCACAGAGGAAGCUUCCGCAUGAGGAUUUUCGAGAGGGAGAACUUUGGUGGACAGAUGCACGAGCUGAUGGAUGACUGUGACUCCAUCCAGGAGCGUUUCCGCAUGUCUGACUGCCAAUCCUGCAAUGUGAUGGAUGGCCACUGGUUGAUGUACGAGCAGCCCAACUACAGGGGCAGGAUGAUGUAUUUGAGGCCUGGAGAGUACAGGAGCUUCAGGGACAUGGGAAUGGGUCCUAUGAGGAUUGGGUCUAUUAGACGCAUCAUGGAGUCCUGUUAAAAGUAUUUACCAUUAUGUGUACCUCAACAAAGCUGAAUUAAACAAACUGUUUUGUCAAACAACA